AUGGACUACCCUGAAGAAACUCGAUAUGCUCCGGCUCCCAAGCCUCUACGGAUUCUCAAGACGCGUCGCAAAGGCCAAGUUCGCGACACCUGGGCCAAAGAUAGUCCUCCAAUUCCUAUUCCCCGAAGACGGUCGUCCUACGCUAUCCGCUCUCCAUCGAUAUCUGAAGUCCCGCCUCUACCAGAUCUGAACAAGGGAGAUCCUCGGUUGUUACGGCCAAGCCAAAACCAAGGGUAUUGGCAUUCGCUUUCGAGUACUCCAAUAACUAGUGCUGAUUACUCCAAGAUGGGGAACCCUUCUGGACCGCAAAAGCAAACUGAACCGACUACCACACAGAGUCAGCGACAUCCGGUCCUUGCGCCCAAAAAUGGCUUCUUUUCUCGAGUUACCCAAGUAUUUGAUUUUAGGAAUCGCGAAUCCAGCAGUGAAAGGAUCCAUUCUGAUACUGUUAUGAAAACAAAGUCGUCUGCUUAUACGAAACCUCUACCGACCUCGAGGGGAUUUAUAGAUGAUUUGAAAAGGGAAACCUUUUCGGGAAGCCCAAAUAACUUCUUAUCAAGAGACACGGAGCAAAGCCAAAACAGAAAAUACACGCCGCCGCUCGCUUCUGAAGAGCUGAAGAUUCCUAGAAAUCGUGUGAAACGUAGGAAUCGCUGGCCACGGAAUGCUCCCGUCACAACUGCCACAGUAGAGCUGAGUGCGGAUGCCCUCAGAACAAACGCUGGAAACGAACUGUCAACAUGGUUAUCGGUUGAAAUAUUUGCACGAGUUGAUAACCUGGAAAAUAAUCUAGACGAUCAGUGCACUGCUGAUAUUCCUUUGGACGUCAUGAUAAUUGUUGAUAAUUCGUACGUGCAACUAGGCUGCCCCAAAAACUGUCGCUAA